GACAACUGCGGGGAGACUGGGCGAGUUGGCUCAAAGACGACACGUCGGCCGGUUUCUUUGGGCCAAGUGUCCGAACAAGUGAGCCGUCAGCGCGCUCGGCCGCGGAAGCGUGCUCGUUCAAAACAAACGACUCGACGGUGUUUGAGCAGAUAAGUGGCUAACGUCGACGAGCUAACUUUCCCCCACUGCCGUUCGCUCCGGGGAACUUCGGGUUGUCAAGUUCGGGCGAAUUGAGAUCGACAUUUCCCCACGAAAGCUCACGAAAUAAACUUCUCCACGACGAGCAAGAGGGUGGAAGAGCCCUCCACCAAAACCCGGAGGUAAAGCAUGGCAAUGACCGGCCAGAGCUCGUGCUCCUCCAUGAGUAACCACACAAAGGAGCGGGUCACUAUGGCCAAAGUGACCUUGGAGAACUUCUACAGCAACCUCAUCGCCCAGCACGAGGAGAGAGAGAUGAGACAGCAGAAGCUGGAGAAAGUGAUGGAUCAGGAGGGCUUGGCUGAUGAAGAGAAACGUAUCCGGCGCUCUCAGCACGCACGGAAAGAGACAGAGUUUCUGCGUCUGAAACGAACUCGACUGGGUCUGGAAGACUUUGAGUCGCUGAAGGUCAUUGGCAGAGGAGCUUUUGGAGAGGUUCGUCUGGUGCAGAAGAAAGACACCGGUCACGUCUACGCCAUGAAGAUCCUCCGCAAAGCUGACAUGCUGGAGAAAGAACAGGUCGGUCAUAUCCGCGCUGAGCGUGACAUCCUGGUAGAAGCAGACAGCCUGUGGGUGGUCAAGAUGUUCUACAGCUUCCAGGAUAAGAUGAACCUCUACCUGAUCAUGGAGUUCCUGCCUGGAGGAGACAUGAUGACCUUGCUGAUGAAGAAGGACACUCUGACAGAAGAGGCCACUCAGUUCUACAUAGCAGAGACGGUGCUGGCCAUCGAUUCCAUCCACCAGCUGGGCUUCAUCCACCGAGACAUCAAACCAGACAACCUGCUGCUGGACUCCAGAGGUCACGUGAAGCUGUCAGACUUCGGUCUGUGCACUGGGCUGAAGAGGGCUCACCGAACUGAGUUCUACAAGAACCUCAACCACAGCCUGCCCAGUGACCUCAGCAAGCAAACCUUCCAGAACAUGAACUCCAAGAGGAAAGCAGAGACCUGGAAGAGGAACAGGAGGCAGCUGGCCUUCUCCACAGUGGGAACCCCAGACUACAUCGCCCCAGAGGUCUUCAUGCAGAACGGGUACAACAAGCUCUGCGACUGGUGGAGCCUUGGCGUCAUCAUGUACGAGAUGCUGAUAGGUUACCCCCCGUUCUGCUCCGAGACGCCUCAGGAGACGUACAGGAAAGUGAUGAACUGGCGAGAGACGCUCACCUUUCCCCCAGAAGUUCCCAUAUCAGAGAAGGCCAAAGACCUCAUCCUCAGGUUCUGCUGUGAGGAGGAGAACCGGGUCGGGGCUGUCGCUGUGGAGGAGAUCAAGUCCAAUCCUUUCUUUGAGGGCGUGGACUACGACCAUAUCAGGGAGAGACCUGCUGCCAUCCCCAUUGAGAUCAAGAGCAUCGACGACACAUCUCACUUCGAUGAGUUCCCUGACUCCGAUAUCCUCACACCAACAGCCACCCCGGUGUCCAACCAGACUGAGGUGGAUCUGAAGAACAAGGACUGGGUCUUCAUCAACUACACGUACAAACGCUUCGAGGGCCUGACUGCCCGGGGAGCCAUACCGUCCUACAUGAAGUCAGGCAAGAGAUGAGCCCCGUCACACUUGGCUUUCAUCCAACAGCUCCAUGAAACCCCCACGAGUCGUCCAAGCCCCCUGCUGUCUGAAGACCCUCAGCCCCGAGAGGAGAGCGCUGCCUGUUCUCCGUGUUGCCUGACCGAAGAGGAUUCUUAUCGCGCAGGAAAUUUGCAAAUCACAAAGGGGCUCAAACACAUCCAUUGCUUUCCACUGUAGGAACCGCUGCCUUCAACUCUGCAGGUCUUCUCCUCCUCUGAUGCUCGAGGGAAACCUUUUCUACUUCCCGCUUGUACCCGAGAACACAACUGUGGGAUUGAGUGAUUGUGAUUUUCGCCACUUGCCUUUUUCCCACCAGUGGAUGCAGUGGGAUGUCCUCACCCCCGACACCAGCAUCAUGGACAUUCCCUCUCGACGGACCGGCACCAGACUGUCAGACCUCCCGGGGGGUCUCCACUCCACUCACUGCUUUAUGUUGACUCGUCACUUGAGGUGAAUCAGGUGCUCUUCAGGGAAUCUGUCCACGUGUCUCCGUAGAGACAACCCAACCAAAGACUCCUCCCACUCCCGCCGUGUCCCUUUAGAGACUGACGCUCAUUGUGAAAAUGAGAAUGAUGAUGCAUUUUGUGGAAGCGACGUACGACAAAGAGUCUUGUUACAUUAACGUUACGUUCACCUACCUUCAGCACCUUAUGUGACGUUUGAUCAGAGCUCAGCACAAGUCAGGCCCGCCGCUCGUCGGUGCAUUACAACCCGUGUCCACACGAGGGCAGUGAGACGCCGUGUCCCCACACGUCUCAAACAUGUAACACAUCAAACUAAUGCUGUUUCACCAGAUGAUACAUUAGUGUCGAGCCUCUGCAUUAAUGUUACGCAGCAGAACGACUGGGAAUUUGUGUAAGAAAAAUUAUUCCUGAUUUGAAAACCUCCCGCCUCGUGAGGAUGAAUAAUAGUCUCGUGACAAAAUGGCUGAUUUCUAACGAUCCCGUUCAGGCCGUCAAUCCCCCCGUUUCACUUGUCCUGCAGCUUCUCGUUUUCAUCCACCACCUGUGCUCCAGCUGCUGCGUUCACAGGACGUCAGAAUGUUUCGUUCGAUAAACGUAUGAAUUUUUGUUUUAUACAUAUAUAUAUAUAUAUAUAUAUUUUGAUGUGUAAUAGCGCGGUGGUUCAUUCCUGAGGUCGAGCAGUGUGGAGGGUCUUUUAGCGUCGCUUCUGUCCGGUUGUUGCUCUGAAUGUGUUUCAUCGUUGUUGUCGUCGUCGUUGUUUUUAUAGUUUGUUUCUCCUCCACGACGCAGCGGAGCGUCCGGGAGCACAGGGCUAAACUUGUUCCGGUGAACACAAUAUCCAAAAUGCUGUCAUUUAAAAUGAAUGUAAACUACAUUUUAUCAAGUCAUGGAGAAUUUAUUUUAUUCUUCUUUCUUUUUUUGCCACAAUAUUUCUAAAAAUGCUGUUUGUGUGAAUGUCAUCUUCUCCCUGACACACGAAGCCGAUCUCGUCCGUCUGCAGGGACAAAUAUGAAAAUGUCAGUUGCAGCUUUUUUUCUUUUAUUUCCUUUUCUGAAGUCAAAAUUAUGAUACCUACUGUGACAAUAUUAACACCAUAGAUGUAAUCAUUUAGACUCUUACAUGGUAAGUCUUUUAGGGUACAAUGGUAAGGUUUCUAAUUGUAAAUUAACGGCAAUUCUUUUUUCAUUUUUGGCAAAUUAUGGCUGACUUACAUAAUCUGAACUCAGCAAGUCAGAAUUUUUAGUUUAUAUAACAUUUUUAAAUUACAUAAUACAUGUCUUUGACUUCAAUUUGUCAAAAUAUAUUUUUAAACUUGGGCUUGACAAGUCUGAAUUGAUGACAUUGACUAAGAAUAUAUUUUAGAUAUAGUUUUAACUUUUAAGAAGAUAAUGGUCAAGUGUUUUAUAAUUGUGACUUUAGAAAAAAUGUCAUUUAGUUCUGUCCGAUUCCUGAUUUGGGCUUUUUUUCUCAUUCCCAACAAUUCAUCAUGUUUUCCUGUUUGUGGCAGCGACGAGCUUCCGUGUGCACCAGCGCAGUCUGAAGGUUUCUCUUCGUCUCCAGGUAGCAAGUAGACGAAGCUCCGCAUAUUGUCACAUGUCGUUAGAGAAGCACACACGGAGCUUUUUGUUCUUCGACUCUUGAUGCAACGCUCCUGCAUGCUCUGACCACGAGAGUCAGAUUAGAGCAGAAGAGCAACAUGGCGUCAUCGAUGAUGCCGCUGGAUGAGUGGGUGAGGAUGUGAGGAUGUGAGGAUGUGAUCAUGGUCAGGAAAAACAAUGCAAUGUUCGACACUGUUGUGUCUGCAGGCGAUGCUCAGACGUGUGUGUGUGUGUGUGUGUGCGCUGUACCACCUGAGAGUGGGGGGGGGGGCUUGUUCGGGAUGGUGGGUGUACAUUAUUUAAACCACUGUUCUCUCUGUGGCGUGUGGCUGGUUUUUGUUUUUUUUCAGUUUUUUUCUGCUAUUUGACAAUGAAUUACUCUGCACUUAC